AUGGUGACAACAAGGAACUUUUUUCAGUCAAGGCACUUUGUCUGGGGGCUCUGUGGUGAGCUUGAACUGGUUGGGGAAUUUGGAUUAAAAGAGGAAGAAAUGGCGUCGAUUGCGGAAGGGCCGUUGCCAUUUAAGGUUUCUGGAGAGCAGAGUUCGUCUUCGAAUCCGACGGACGCGGUGAUAUUCGUUGGAAUUAGUCUGGUUUUAGGAAUUGCUUGUAGGCAUGUACUCAGAGGGACUCGGGUGCCUUAUACAGCGGCUUUGCUUGUGCUCGGCAUUGGCAUGGGAUCUUUAGAAGCGGGUGCUGAGACCCCAUUCCAGGACAGUUCAUUUUGCUAUGCUUUUUUAUUUAGCCCAUCACGCUAUUUUUGUAUGUAUAGCCUAUGUAUUGGGCAGCAGCUUGUUGGUAGUGUUACUUGUGCGUUCAUAAGUAUUGACGCUUGGUUAUGCUAUUGCUCAGAAGUCUCUUGGGCAGUGUUUUCAGAAUUGGACCAGAUCAGUUGGUCAGAUCGGUUGGACCGUGAACCGAGGCCUAGACUGGCCUCGUUUUACUCACAGAUGGCAGACGACGUCUCCUUCCCGAGGCUUAGUUGA